AUGGACCGUAUCCUUGUCGCGCUUGUCUGCACGGUCCUCAUGGCGUGCGGCACUGCUGCUAGCAACAGCGGGAGCUGUCGCCCUCUUCUCGGCGCCCCGACGGCAAGCGUCGUCCGCGGGCCAGUCACCUCGCUUCCGUUCUGCUGGGAGUACGCCGCCGACUCUUGCUGCGACGCCGAGGCGGCUGCGGCCCUCCGUCUCCGAGCCAUGUCGAUGCUGCCGGAUACGCCGCCUGCUUGUACAUCCAUGCUCGCCCGCCUCAUCUGCACGCCGUGUGCGGGCCCGCUUGCCGCAGGCGACUCGCCAGGCCUCUGUCCGGCGCUCUGCUCGGAGGCCACGCGUGCGUGUGUCGAUGCCUUCUUCACGGCAACCUCUGCCGUUGCCCCGCUCGUGCCCUGCUCCUCCUCCUCGAUCAUCUGCUCCUCGCUCGACGACAUCCUCGCCUCGCGCUCCACAGACAACCUGUGCGAGCUCAUGGGUCUCCCGCUCGCGCCCUCGGAUGAUGACUGCUUUGAUGCCACCACCAUCGCCCACGCUCCCUCCAGCGACGACGGAAGCAAGCCGGCCGGCUCGCCCGGUUCGUCGGCAGGCGCCCGCGCUCGUGCCCGUGCCUCGCGCUCGUACCGCGGCUGGCGUAAAUGGCUCAAGUGGGCCAAUCUUGCGCCGCUGCUGAGUGCCAUCGCCGUCAUCGCCCUUGGUGUCGGCUUUUGGCGCUGGCGCAAGGCCGCUGCCCGCCCACUGUCGGCCAAGGAGAUCCGGGCCAAGCGCGCCAGCUUUUACGGCGCAAAGGGCAAGGGCAAGGGCAAGGGCAAAGGCAAGGGCAGGUGA